AUGGCUUUCACGAGCUCUGCUGGGUUCAGAUCUCUGGUUUUGGUGCUGGUUUUAGCCCUCACUGUGAGGAGCUCACCCCACAGAAAGGCUGGUGCCUCUGCAAGGCUGAAGGAAGGUUGCCUGAACCAAAAGGAUCCCAAAUUCCCCACAACAGUGAACGUUGACAUUCAGAUCAGCAACUCAGAUCAUGCCUUUGGGAUGGUCCAUGAUAUCAGGAACCGGUCUCUCGCUCCCUGGGAUUACAGGCUGGACGAGGAUCCCAACCGCUUCCCACGGGUGAUCGCCGACGCCCGGUGCCGCCUGACGGGCUGUGUGAGCCCCCAGGGGCAGGAGGACCACGGCCUCAACUCGGUGCCCAUCCAGCAGGAGAUCCUGGUGCUGCGGCGGGAGCGGCGCGGCUGCGUCCCCUCCUACCGCCUGGAGAAGAGGAUCAUCACCGUGGGCUGCACCUGCGUCACCCCCGUCAUCCAGCACCAGUCCUAG